AACUUCCCAUGGUGCACAAAAGCCCUACAUGGGUGUUUCUCUUCUGAGCCAAAACCAUCGUAAAGCUCAAACCUUUUCUACAUUCAUGGAACGUUCAUCAGAUCACGUCAUUGACAUCCCAUCCACUGCUUCCUCUUCCCACGAUAGAAUCUCCAACGUCUUGGAGCCUCUACAACACGAAUCACCUUCCACUCCUCCUCCAUUACCUGUUUCUCAGCCAGUGGCUACAGUUUCUUCGGCUUCCUCAUCUACGAGGUCGAAUCCUAGAACCAACCGUAGGAGAAGGAGUCCUUUGAACUCUGGUCUUUGGAUCUCCAUUGAGCUGUUCCUCACUCUCGGCCAGAUCGUUGCAGCUAUUGUGGUUUUGUCUUUGUCUAAACAUGAGCAUCCUCGAGCUCCCUUGUUUGCUUGGAUUGUUGGUUAUGCGUGUGGAUGCGUUGCGACGCUCCCGCUUUUGUACUGGAGAUAUUAUCAUUCUAAUCAGGCGUCUGAGCAGGAGUCUGGUCAGCAUCGUCCUAAUCUUAACGUUGCAGCGGGGCCGUUUGCGUUCUCUAUAUCCAGGACUGCUGAAGGAGAUGGUAGACAGGGUAGCAACACGCCUUCUCGUAGUAGAUACCAUGCGUUCAUAAGUGCUGCUAGGCUUAAAGUUAUUGUGGAAUACUUCAAAAUGGCUUUGGAUUGCUUCUUUGCGGUGUGGUUUGUGGUUGGUAAUGUAUGGAUAUUUGGAGGGCAUUCAUAUGCAGCCGAGGCUCCUAACUUGUACAGGUUAUGUUUAGUGUUUCUUACCUUUAGCUGUAUUGGCUACGCGAUGCCCUUCAUCCUCUGUACAACGAUAUGUUGCUGCUUGCCUUGCAUUAUCUCGAUUCUCGGGUACAGAGAAGAUCUAACUCAACCCCGAGGCGCCACACCUGAGUCGAUAAAUGCGUUGCCCACGCAUAAGUUUAAGUUGAAGAAAAGCAGAAGUAGUGGCGGCGAUGAGAAUGGUUCAAGUACUGGCGAAGGUGGAGUCGUGGCGGCUGGAACAGAGAACGAACGUGCUAUUUCAGGAGAGGACGCUGUGUGUUGCAUUUGCUUAGCGAAGUAUGCAAAUAACGAAGAGUUGAGAGAGCUUCCUUGUUCACACUUCUUCCACAAAGAGUGCGUUGACAAAUGGCUUAAGAUUAAUGCUAGUUGCCCUCUUUGCAAGAGUGAAGUUGGGGAGAAGAACUCUGAUUUGACGAGCCAGGGGGUCUUAAACUCGCUCUCUUCUGGUGAAAACGAGACCAAUCAACAACCGCAACAACAGCAAAUGCGGAAUGAACAUAGAGCUGAUAACGGGUUGGCCAACAGCGUUGUCUAGAUGUCUGACAUUUGCUCGAUGUUGGACGAAACGGUAGACGAAAGGCGUUUAUGCGUUGUUGUUCCUACACAAAAUAUGUGUUUCGUCAGAGAGUCUCAUUGUGAAGAAGGCGAAGGAAGAAACCGGCGGGGAAGCUCGUACGGUGUAAAUGCUUUUUUUUUGCGAUUGUAGUUUGAAACCCUCUAAACAUAUAGGAGAUUUCAAGUAUCAGUGAUUGAGUUUGAGUGUGUUCCAAAUACUUUGUUCUUUUACUUUACUCUGAAUUUAUUACGAACAGAACCUUCAUAUGA